AUGGCAUUAUGUGAGGAUGAGCUAUUUCAAAUCUUUUCAUGGCUUCCAGCUAAAUCAUUGUGCAAGUUCAAGAGUGUUUGUGGGUGGACCUUGAAUUUCAGCAAAGAGACAUAUUUUUGCAUGAAGAAUGCACAAAAUAUGUUGGUACAAGACACUGGAUUUUUUAUACAGCAAGACAAUGGUCAGAGGUUUAGUGGAAGAAUUGAAAGCCACUCUUUCAAUGCUGAGGAAUUAUUAUGUUCUGGGGUGCCUCAAGAUUUCCUCAGUUUGUUGGCGAAAUCGGGGAAAAUCAUCUCAUCUAGCAAUGGACUAGCCUUGUGUCGAAGCGCGUCGAGAGAGAGUGAAGUUGAGCUUUUUGUGUGCAAUCCUGUCACAAAAACAUGGCUCCCAAUUGCUACUCCUGCCAGUGUUCGUGAAUCCCCAGAUGCUGAUGUGGAUGUUGUGUUUCAGUGCAUGAACGAUAAUCUUGAUGUGGAUGACUAUAGAAUAACCUUGAUUGAUAGCCCCCUUGAAUGGUCAUCAUAUCGUGAUUUGAAAGUGUAUUCUCCAAAGAAAGGUGUGUGGGAAGCCAUGGAGAAAAGCUUCUUCAUUGGUAGUAGGAACAUGAGCUAG